UUUCUCCUUCUCUCUCUUCCACGGGUUACCGUCCUGCCCGGUGUCCAGCCUCGCACGUGCCUCGUCCUCCAACACUCCGUCGCACGUGCCGCCCCUCACCCAUACAACUCCCUUUCUGUGGUGCAACAAAUAAAAGUUAGAGAGAGAAUAAUAACUCAUGGAAGCAAUAUAUAUGGAGCCAUGUAGAUACAGAGAUAGAGUUUCAUAGAUAGAGAGAGAAAGAAAGAGAGAGAGAGAGAGUGGAGUUGAUAAAAUCAUAAAAGCAUAAAUUUUUCUAGGUCUUUGGAGGGGCAUGUAGAUGUAGUAGCUAGAGAUGGGUUUAUUCACACCCUUUCUUCUCUAUCUCUCUUUCGACCUUGUUUUUGUUUGAAAUCUGAAACUGAAAAAUCAUUUUUUUUUUAUUGGGUGAGUGAAUCUCGUGAGUUGAAGUGUUUUUUUUUGGUCUGUCUUGCACCGAUGAGGAUCCGGAAAAGGCCGGUGCUUUUCCCAUCAUCGCUCUCGCCGUUGCCUCUCUCAGAUCCCCACCUGAUCAACCGGUCACCGGUGAUGGUGCAACUUAGCGACGCUACUCCCACCGCACCCAAGCCUUCUCCAGCUGCAGUGCUCCAUCACCAUGCUGCUUCCGCGCCUCCAUCGAGCUUGGAUCGUCGCCAGCCGUCUGAUCAGCCAAGCAACGGCUCUGAUGAGCCCUCCGGCAUCGGUGAAAGUGGGGCACACAGACAGCACAACAAGCAAGACCCUUUGAAAGGGGCACGCUUGGGACAGGAACAAGAUCCUAUGUAUAUUUUGGUGUGGUUGAUUUUGCAGGACGAGGUUGUUAGAAGGGAAGAGAGUGGAGAAGACAGGAAAGGACGCGCCUUGAGUUUGGAAACAUCACAGGCUAAGGUGUUGCCACCGUUCAGCCCUUCUUCUACUCGAGAUGGGAGAUGGUAUGAGGGAGAGAAAGCUAUUCCGCUGAAGAAAAGAAGAGGGAGCUUCGAGGAGAAUAAUAAUGCUACUCAUAAUAAUAAGAAGAUGAAGGCAAAGAUGAAGACAAAGAUGAACAAGAAGUGUUCCACGCGUGAUGAAGAUAGCAUGGGAGAGGAAGAUGAGGGAGAAGAAACAAAAGUGGAAAUGAAUGUGAGUAAGAAGAGGGCAAGGGGAAGUGCACUCAUGGAAGGUUCUAGGUGCAGUCGUGUGAAUGGUAGGGGAUGGAGGUGCUGCCAACAAACGCUGGUCGGUUACUCGCUGUGUGAGCAUCACUUGGGGAAAGGAAGGUUAAGAAGCAUGACAAGUGUUAGAAGCCGUUCUAUUAUUGCAUCUAGUGCACCAAAGAAGGUGCACCACGUGCCUCUCCCUUCUCCUUCUUCUUCUCUUGAGAAGCAAUCUGAGUGUGUCGUUGCUAAUGCUGAGUCCUUUGUGGAGGACGAGAAGAAGCCAGAGAUGAUGACGAUAACAAAGAAGAGGAUGAAGCUUGGCAUGGUGAAAGCGCGUUCUAUAAGCAGCUUGCUGGGACAAACAAACACUCACAUUGCCGCUGUAGUUCAUGAGAAUAAUAGCAAGUAAGGCCAAUAAGUACAAGCGCAGACAACGGUUAUUAUUUCAUGUACUUGAGGUUGAAACUUGAAAGAAAUUUUAAAACUGGAGUUUUGUCUAACUAAAUACUUGGUGCCACUGCAUCAUGUUCAACUUGGUGGUGCUUUUAUUUCGUUAUUAUAUAUUCAUAUGUUACUUCGUAUUUUGCAAUGCUUUUGUUAUGGUGCGUGAUGGGAUUAUUGUUAAACUAUUGCACUGGGGGCACGUUGUGAUUUUGCACUGGCAUGAACUGCUAUGUUAUCCAUUGGA